GCCUGAUGGAUGGCUCUGGUUGGCUCUGGGGUACCUAUGAUGCACCCCCAUUUAGCUUGGCUGGUCCCAAGUGCCACCAAGUGCAGAUAUUGUCUCUUGGGAGUCCGUAGGGCAGGGCUAGCAUGCUUCAUUCUGUCAUAGAAGACCACUCUGUCGUAGCUUCCGUAGCCGGCUUUUCUCCCCUUAAUCCUUCAUCCUGGCUCCAUCCAUACAGAAAAUAUGAGGGACUUUGCAUGUCCUUACAGGAGAGCAGAGAAAUCAGCCAGCCCUAAACUCCUCAUGCAGGGAGUCCAAGCCAGCCUGAAGGGCAGGGAGAAGCAGGUCAAGUCUCCGCCCGCCGGUGUUCAUCCAGUGACGCCAGAGCCCUACAGCCCUAUGUGUCUUGCUUUUCUGUUUGCUAAGAUUCCCUUGACUGAGUCCCUCACAGUCCUCUAAGAUCCAGAAGAGGGCCAUAACCAAUCAUGGAUUCCGAGUGACACAGGCCUGGCUUUGAGUCCUGACUCUCCCCUCCCCUUGCCUAGUUUGUGACAAUGGGGAAGUGACUUCAUCUCCACUUGUUUGUGAAAUGGAGUUGCUAAGGACAUCAUCCACUCCCCGGCUGUGGUCAAAGCAGAAUCCCACACAGUGUCCGCCACUUUGGUGACUUAACUAACCCUAGCUCCCUUGUCACGGGCAUCCUGAGAAAAAUGAGGCCUGGGGACCAGCGGCAGGGCCUCUCCAGCCACCUCUGUCCCACAGGGUCCGUUCCUGUGGCCAACUACGAGGAAGAGCAGCUGUCUCAUGAUCCCAGCGAGGAGACGCUCACCAUAGAAGCCCGAUUCCAGCCUCUGCUCACAGAGACCAUGACCAAGAGCAAAGAUGGCUUCCUAGGGGUCUCCCGCCUCGCCCUGUCAGGCCUCCGCAACUGGACGACCGCAGCUUCACCCAGCGCAGUCUUUGCCGCCCGCCACUUCCGGCCCUUCCUGCCCCCUCCAGGUCAGGAGCUGGGCCAGCCCUGGUGGAUCAUCCCUGGCGAGCUGAGCGUCUUCACAGGCUAUUUGUCCAACAACCGCUUCUACCCACCGCCGCCCAAGGGCAAGGAGGUCAUCAUCCACCGGCUGCUGAGUAUGUUUCACCCGCGCCCCUUCGUGAAGACGCGCUUUGCCCCUCAGGGCACCGUGGCCUGCCUGACUGCCAUCAGCGACUCCUACUACACAGUGAUGUUCCGGAUCCAUGCCGAGUUCCAGCUCAGCGAGCCUCCUGACUUCCCCUUCUGGUUCUCGCCGGGCCAGUUCACCGGCCAUAUCAUCCUAUCCAAGGAUGCUGCGCACAUCCGUGACUUCCGGCUGUUCGUGCCCAAUCACAGGUCCCUGAAUGUGGACAUGGAGUGGCUGUAUGGGGCCAGUGAGACCAGCAACAUGGAGGUGGACAUUGGCUACGUACCACAGAUGGAGCUGGAAGCUACAGGUCCCUCGGUGCCCUCCGUGAUCCUGGAUGAGGAUGGAAACAUGAUUGACAGCCGUCUGCCCUCGGGAGAGCCCCUCCAGUUUGUGUUUGAAGAGAUCAGGUGGCACCAGGAGCUGAGCUGGGAGGAGGCUGCCCGGCGCCUGGAGGUGGCCAUGUACCCCUUCAAGAAGGUGAACUACCUGCCGUUCACGGAGGCCUUUGACAGAGCCAAGGCCGAAAACAAACUUGUGCAUUCCAUCUUGCUGUGGGGGGCCCUGGACGACCAGUCCUGCUGAGGUUCGGGGCGGACUCUCCGGGAGACUGUCCUGGAAAGCCCGCCCAUCCUCACGCUCCUCAAUGAGAGCUUCAUCAGUACCUGGUCCCUGGUAAAGGAGCUGGAAGACCUGCAGGCCCAGCAGGAGAACCCACUCCACAGGCAGCUGGCCGGCCUGCAUCUGGAGAAGUACAGCUUCCCUGUGGAGAUGAUGAUCUGCUUGCCCAACGGCACUGUGGUCCACCACAUCAACGCCAACUACUUCCUGGACAUCACCUCCAUGAAGCCUGAAGACAAGGAGAACAACGUCUUCAGCUUCUCGUCGACCUUUGAGGACCCAUCCACGGCCACUUACCUGCAGUUCCUGAGGGAGGGGCUCCGGCGUGGCCUGCCCCUCCUCCAGCCCUAGUGUGCCUAGAGUCCUGGAGAAACGGGACGUGGUGAAAACCUGGCAGACGGAAUCCAUACACCGAGGAGGAGCCAUAGUGCCCUCUGCCCAUUUCAGACUGGAAGUGGUCCCCACCUCAUUCCCAGGCUGCCUAGAGAGGUCCAAGGUCACUUGAGGCUGCCACCUUCCCUCAGCCUGAACGAUGGCGGAUAAAUAAGCAGGCCUGCCUGGCUUAUCACGUCAGUGAGGUCAGUGAGCCAAAAGCCUGCUACCACUGUAAGCUCUUCCCUACUCACCUGGCUCCAAAUGCUUCCUUAAGCUCCCCCCACCCCCCAGACAGGGUCUGGGUGACCUCCCUGGACCUUUCACAGUGAUCUAUUUCAGUGCCUCAGUGUGAAUGAGUGGGGAAAGACAGACUGCCUCUUCCUUCUUGGUUCCUCUUUCAAGCCAAAGGAAUCAAAGAGCUUGGCCCAGGGGCCGGGAUGCCAGCCAGCCCUAUGGCCCUUUGGAGCCUUCUAUCCUGCCAUCCCCCAGGCAGCCUUCUGUGCCCAGUACCCUGGCUGGGGUCAUUGGCAGCUGGAGACACAGCUGGAGCCGGUGCACAGAGUCCUUCUGCCACGGUUGAGGCCGUACUGCUGCCCUGCAGAGCAUUGCCAGCUUGCCCGAGCCCAGGCCUGUCUGUGGUGGUGAAGUUCACUGUGAAGUAGGUGCAGUGGGGUUCUAAGAGGGAGUGGGGGGAGAGGAGGUUCUUGCCGCCUGCCCUAAGCACAAGUUCAUGGCAGGACUGCUGGAGCCAGCGUCCCCAGGACAACACAGCCUUUCCUACAGCCAGCACCGUUUGGGCCCCGGGAUACUCCACAGCAGCUCCCUCACCACUGGGCCACCACCUCGGCUACUUUUGGGGCUUGGUCCACAUCUUGAACCGCUGACCAUGCCAGUCUUUUUUAUGCACACAGGACAGUGUUUUUAUAUGAACUUUCUCACACUUUAUAAUAUUUUUUUAAAAAUCUGAACGCUGAGGAGAAAGAAGGGGGCAGUGGCUUCCCCCAGCAGCAGCCGCAUGAUGGCUGGUUCUGAAAUCUCAAAUGGAUCCAGCCUGAUUUCCUUGCUGUUACACACAGGGGGGGAAAUAUGCCCACCUUCCUUCUCUUCCAGCCUUUUACAAGCAGCCCUCUGAGGAUCGGGACUUCCCCAGCUCUGUCCUGUGCUCCACAUUCCCAAGAACGGCCUUGAACUUAACCCCAUCAAGGCCUUGAUGUCAGCCAGUUCCCCAGGAGCCAGCUCUCUCCCCUGGCCCCACUAGGGCCUCAGUCUUCAGAGGAAAGCAGGUGGACUUUCCCUGAGCCCUGCCUACUCCCCUGCCUGCCUCUGGAGACUCCACAUGGAACCCACCUCAGUCUCUAGGGGCGCUCUGUGAAGAUCACACACAUUUUCUCAGUUCUUACAACAAAGUUGGAAAAUUGCCUCGUUUUUCAGAUACAGACACAUAGGGAAACACAGUGACUUCCCAGGGUCACUCAGAGGACUAGAGUUGCGAUCCACAUGACCCCAAAGGCUAUGUCUUGGUUUGUUGUUUUGUUUGGGGGUGCUUUGUCUGGUACAGUACCCUGCUCAUUUCCCCCUGUGGUGGGAAGGAAGCCAAAUCAUCACGUCUCCUUAUCCUACUGAAUAGAUGAGGUGUCAGUACAGCAGCUCUGCCAAAUUCUCUGUCCUGGGAGGCAGUUUUUUCAUAAGCCCCAUAGAGACGGGGCGCCCGAGAGCUUUGCAGUGCCUCUGCCAUCUUGAGGCACGGUGCAUGUGCCACCCAGCCUCCGAGGGGCCCAGAGUGGACUCCACACUGAACAGCCCUGCUCCUAUGUAAGGUGCUGAUUGCCGGGGCUCUCUGAUCCUCAUCCGAUGUCUCUGCACACCCCCAGCUGCCAUUUGUCCCCUGUCCCCAGCACGUCCUGUAAUAAAACCAGAGAGUCU